ACAUUGAGCACCGCCUAUCAUUGCUACUUGAUUUAUGCGUCGAGAAGUGCCGAUGAUGUCUCGAAACGCGCAUUGCAACAAGAAACAUUGACAAUCGCAUUGUUGUCGUUCUCAGUUAUAGAGAAUACGAAGAAACUGUUUCAGGCGAGUAAAGACCAGAUGGGGCUAAACUCGAUAAACGGCAUCAAAGCAAUGGCAAUGUUGCUGAUACUUGCCGGGCAUGCGCUGUCGUUUAUCUAUGGCAGUCCCACUUAUAAUGUGGCGUUCGUAGCAGAGCAAACGAAAUUCCCCACAUUUGCAUUCCUCUACAAUUCCCUAUUAUUUGUGGAUACGUUUCUGUUGUUGAGUGGUUUCCUGUUCUGUCGCAUUAUGCUGGUCGAACUGCAUCGUCGUCGUGGUCAAAUAAAUCCGUUGAUUUUGUACAUUGGCCGCUACAUUCGCCUAACACCGGCCUAUAUGGCAAUUAUCGGCUUCUACAUGACCUGGUUUCCGAGCAUCGGCAGCGGUCCGUUAUGGGCAGAGCGCAUCAGACGUGAGCAGGAGCGCUGUCAGGCGUCAUGGUGGCUUAAUAUACUCUAUGUAAAUAAUUAUUUCAACACGGAUAAGUUUUGUAUGUUCCAAUCGUGGUAUCUGUCUGUCGAUACGCAACUUUUCUUCAUUGCGCCAAUUUUCAUCUAUCUACUAUUCAAAAUGCGAAAAUAUGGCCUUCGCUUGCUGAUUGCAGCUGUCGUUUGUACCACAGUUAUUCCAUUUGUGGUGACAUUUGUGCGGCACUUGGAUCCAACUUUGUUGGUCUAUUCAGACGAAUUAACCGACUUGGCCAGUAAUAAAUAUUACAUUGGUUAUUAUAUAAAAACACAUAUGCGUGCCUCGUCUUAUUUUAUCGGUUUGUUGACUGGUUAUGUCGUGCAUAUUAUGCAGGAGCGAGGCACAAAACUACGCUCUUUGGUUGUACGCCUCGCUUGGUUUAUUUCGACUUUGAUCGGCGUUGCAGCCAUGUUCUCCAUAUGCCGGUUCUACCGGAGUCCAUAUACAUACAUAGAGAGUUUUCUUUAUGCCGGAUUUCAUAAAUUAGCUUGGAAUUUAUCGGUGGCGUGGUUGGUGAUGGCAGCAACAACAGGCCACGCCGGCUGGUUGCGUAAUUUCCUAAGCAGUCGCUUCUUCGCACCCAUCAGUAGACUUACCUAUUGCGCUUAUUUGUCGAAUGGCAUAGUGGAGUUAUAUCACUCGUCGAGUCAGCGUUAUGCCACCCAUCAGUCCUAUGUGAACUUGGAGAACGACAUGUUUAGUCACACGAUAGACACAUUCGUUUUGGCCUUUGUGCUUUGCCUACUUUUUGAAUCGCCCAUACAUGCCUUGGAGCGGAUAUUGUUGCGGAAAGCGGGACGUCCUGAGAAACGCACAUCGUCCACGGAAAAUCGAAGUCCUAGCACGUCAGAGGAGCAGGUGGCGUAACGAAGUAGUUAAAUACUCUAAAUACAAAAAUAAAUGGUUUUCUACUCAAAUUUUUUUUGUUUAUAAAUAUUUUAUAGUACAUAGUUCUAAGUAAGUAUGAUAGAUACUCUUACCAUGUAUUUUAUGACAUACAUAUAAUAUUUUGUGAUGAUUACAUAGCGUUUAGUUUUGAGUUUUAGGAUUUUAUACAAACACACAUGAGAAAUAUUCAUAUGUACAUUUGUACAUAAAUACUAGGGCUGUGCGAUUAUUCGAUUACUUGACCAAGGUGGUUAAUCAGUCUUCCGGUUAAUCAAUUACUCGAUCAAUCAAGAUUUUGAUUAC